GCACCUUCGAUAACGCGUACUCCACCAAGACCUUUGGCAACGUGGUGAUCGACUAUGGGAAAGUGCAGGCGAAUGUCAACAACAAGUACGAUUCCUGGCACAAGUCCUUUCUGCACAAGUACGGUGUUCAGCUGGCAGAGACCAUGAACGACCUCAAUGCCGUGUUGCAGAAGGAGCGGUCUCAGCUGGAAGCCAUGACCAUUGACACAGCGUCAACGGCUGUGGCUGUGCAGUUCAUCAUCUUUGUGCAGACACUCAAACGCAAACAGCGCUCGUGGGGUCAAGUGGUGGCCAGUGCGCAUGCAGGCGAGCGGCUGCUGCGACAACAACGCUUCCAG